CAAAAAUUUCAAUAUACAUUAGUCGUUUUUUUAACUUAAACAAAUGAAAACGCAAAAGGUUUCGCGAUUGGAGAGGUUGUAAGCAAAUGACACCAAUACUAUUCAGCCUUUUCUGCAUUGUGCACCCACUGAUAACCUCCCCCACUCGGCCUUUUUCUCUGAGUUGACUCGCGAGUUAAUAUAUUGAGAGAAGCCGAUAGAGCAAAAGCUGGGGUUUAUUCGACGAUAACAAAUGGAGGAAGGUGCCGUUCAUGACGAUUCUCGACUCAAAACCUGUGUCGUCCUCGGCGGCCGAGGGUUCAUUGGCCGAUCGCUAGUCGCCAGAUUGCUUCGACUCGGAAGCUGGGCAGUCCGAGUCGCUGAUUCCGCUCAGACUCUCCAUCUUGACGAGUCCGAUUCGGUCCUCGAGGAUGCUCUCUCCUCUGGGCGCGCUUCGUAUCAAUGCGUCGAUGUUCGUGAUAAACCUCAGAUCGUUAAAGUUACUGAAGGUUCCUCUGUUGUAUUCUACAUGGGAGCUGCUGAUUUACGUUCCCAUGAUUACUUUUUUUGCUACAAGGUCAUAGUUCAAGGUACGAGAAAUGUGAUUUCCGCCUGUCGUGAGUCUGGAGUCAGAAAACUUAUCUACAACAGUACUGCUGAUGUUGUCUUUGAUGGCUCCCAACCUAUACGUGAUGGUGAUGAAUCCUUGAGACGUCCUUUGAAGUUCCAAUCCAUGUUGACAGACUUCAAAGCUCAAGCGGAAGGUUUGAUCAAAUUUGCUAACAACCGUGAUGGUCUCUUAACUUGUGCACUUCGCUCUAGCAUUGUGUUUGGACCUGGUGACACGGAGUUUGUACCUUUCCUCGUGAAUCUAGCCAAAUCCGGAUACGCAAAGUUUAUAAUCGGGAAUGGUGAAAAUAUGUCUGACUUCACUUACUCUGACAACGUUGCUCAUGCACAUAUUUGUGCCGCAGAAGCAUUAGAUUCACAUACGGAAUCUGUGGGUGGAAAGGAAUUUUUUAUCACUAACCUCAAGCCUGUCAAAUUUUGGGACUUUGUAAGCCGCAUUGUUGAAGGUUUGGGAUACCCAAGGCCAUCCACUAAACUUCCUGUUCGGCCGGUUUCGUUUGUUUUGUCACUUCUUAAAUGGACACAAGAAAAGGAGGGCACUGGAAGUUAUUAUGACACAGCUCAUCAGUUUGCUCUGUUGGCUUCCUCAACGAGAACUUUUAACUGCAAUUCAGCUAAGAAGCAUCUUGGUUACACACCUGUUGUGACACUUGAAGAUGGUAUUGCAUCAACUGUUCAGUGGUUCUCUCGCGAUCUUGAGAAAUCUGAUGAUACAACCAUUCAAUCUAAAGCAGAUCAGCUUCUUGGUUGUGGAAAAGUUGCAGACAUCUUGCUGUGGAGAAAUGAGAAGGAUACAUUUGUUUCUUUUCUUUUCCUCAACUUGUUAUAUUACUGGUUCUUCUUUUCUGGAAACACAUUUGCUUCGUCUGCAGCCCAACUUCUGUUUCUGUUUGCUGUUGCUCUCUAUGGACUCGCUUUCGUGCCGUCAAACAUCUUUGGGUUUCAAGUCAAGAAAAUACCCCUGUGGAGAUUUGAGAUCUCAGAGUCUGCAGUGAGAGAUCUUAGCAGAGAUAUCGUAGUUGCAUGGAACCACGGAGUUCGCAGUUAUAAAUCCUUAAGCAGAGGAGGAGACUGGAUCAAAUUCUUCAAGGUAUACAAAUAUUGCGGGAUCACUAUAUCUCCUCAAAAUGAUCUUAUCGCGUUCCUUAGCAACGUUUCUUUUCACAGUAUUGCUUCAUCGGACAAUCCGUCUCUCGUAUUCUUCUCGGGGAUAUCGAAAUCUCAUUAUCCCAAGGUAAACAAUCAAUUCGGGGAUUCCAAUUUUGAGCUCGAGGAUUGGCAAUCGGUAAUUCCGGCGAUGGCGUCAGUGAUGAAGCCAUUCAGAGCACGUGAAGCCGAAGAAUCCGAUUUCAAAUCGAACAAUCUUUGGGUCGGUAGCCUUACGACGGAUACGGCGGAGUCAGAUCUGACGGAGCUUUUUGGAAGGUUCGGCGAUAUUGACAGAAUCACGGCGUAUUCUUCCCGCGGCUUCGCGUUUAUCUACUACAGACACGUCGAGGAAGCCGUCGCAGCGAAGGAGGCCCUUCAAGGCGCGAAUUUGAACGGAAUCAAAAACUCGGAUGAUGAUAGACUCAAAACAGUAAAAGUGAUGUCUCCUGAAACGGGGCCUGUUUGGCUUAACCAUGCGUCUUGCCAUUCGGUCGGAGCCAAUUCUACAGUUGUCAAGACAAAGGAAUCUUUCCCAGACAGUGCAAAACCUUGCAAGAGUCUUUGGGUGGGCGGAAUCAGCCCGAGUGUCUCAAAGGAUGACCUGGAAGCAGAAUUCAGUAAAUUCGGAAAAAUCGAGGACUUCAGGUUUCUUAGGGAACGCAAGACAGCCUUCAUUGAUUAUUACGAGAUUGACGAUGCGUUACAGGCAAGGAGCAUGAACGGCAAGCGAAUGGGUGGUGGUUAUUUGCGUGUUGAUUUUCUCCGCUCACAAGCGCCAAGAAAAGAACAAUGGGCUGGCUCUUACGACAGGAAUGGCAAUGUGAAUCAUAAACAGCAGUAUCCUCACUCACAUGAAGAUGCCAAUGGAGAUGGACAGCCAAGUAAAGUUCUGUGGAUUGGGUACCCUCCUUCUGUUCAGAUAGACGAGCAAAUGCUACACAAUGCAAUGAUACUCUUUGGUGAGAUCGAGAGGAAAAAAAGUUACCCAUCAAGGCAUUUUUCACUUGUUGAGUUUAGGAGCGUGGAGGAAGCUCGCCGUGCCAAGGAAGGGCUACAGGGGAGGCUAUUCAAGGAUCCAAGGAUCACAAUUAUGUACUCAAACGACGAGCUGCCUCCUGAGCAAGAAGAUACUGGUUUCUAUCCUGGUGGGAAACGGUCAAGGCCAGAUACGUAUAUGACCCCCUUCAGAGGUAGCAAUGAGCGUCCAUAUAAUGGUUCGGAAUACAACGACGUUGUAGGUAAAGAGCCAAACUGGAGGAGGCCGUCUCCAAAUGGAACUGGAAUACUCCCGUCGCCGACAGGACCAGGAAUCCUCCCAUCUCCUGCACAAGGUAUGAGGCAGCCUACGAGGUCAAAUCAGGGUUCUUGGGAAGGAUAUGACCCUGCUCAGUUGGAAAGAGAGAGCAAACGAACCAGAAGAGAUGGAUCCGUGGACGGUUUUACUCCAAUGGGUGUAGAUGAGAGGUCAUUUGGGCGUGGCUCAGUUGCUGCGAGACCUAUCCGUGGUUACCCUGACUCUGAUUACAUGUGGAGAGGAAUGAUUGCCAAAGGUGGAACUCCCGUCUGUUGUGCUCGUUGUGUACCUAUUGGAAAGGGGAUCGAAACCAAACUCCCUGAGGUCGUCAAUUGUUCAGCAAGAACUGGUUUGGAUAUGCUCGCCAAACAUUACACCGAAGCCAUUGGAUUUGAGAUAGUUUUCUUCUUACCAGACAGUGAAGAAGAUUUUGCGUCUUACACUGAAUUCCUCCGCUACCUUGGCUCGAAAAAUCGAGCAGGUGUUGCCAAAUUAGAUGAUGGAACAACUCUAUUCUUGGUGCCUCCAUCAGAUUUCUUAACUGACGUACUCAAAGUGUCCGGUCCAGAGCGGCUAUACGGUGUUGUUCUCAAGCUGCCCCCGCCUGCCGUUCCUGUUCCGGCACCGUACAGACAAGAACCUCAGACCAAUCCUCUGCCUUAUAUGGAUCAAGCCCGACAUUCACCUGCCAAUGCCAGUCACAGUUCAUAUCAUCCAACGGAAAAUUACAGUAGGGGCGCACCAGAACAGCAGACAGCUCUUUCAAAACCAUCGGUUAGCGAUGCAGCGCUUCAAGGUGGGGUUAGUUUAACUCCGGAACUAUUAGCUACUCUGGCAUCUUUUCUCCCCGCAACUUCUCAACCUGCUGCCCCCGAGAGCCACCAGCCUAUGUCAGGCAAUUCAACAGUCGUUUCCACAGUACCUCAAUCCAAUGGACUGUACAAUGGGGAAGCGCAAUCUCAAGGUUGGAAAAGAGAUCCUCAAACACUCCACAAUGUGUCGAAUCAGUCGUUCCAACAAUAUGGGAAUCAGUACACUCCAGCUGUGCAACUACCUCCUCCUCCUCCGCGUUACCCUCCGGCUUCAAACAACCCAAACUACUCUAAUGGAAACAUGCAAUACCAAGGCCAAUCUGGUAACAUGCCUCAGCUGUCUCCGUUACCGAAUAUACCUCAGAACAAUUACCCCAUGUACACUCAGGGUUCGUCAAAUCACCCUGUUUCUCAGCCCAUGACACAGCAGUACCAACCAGAAGCUUCCGUGCCAAACCAAAAUUAUGGUCCAGUUCCAAGUUAUCAGCAAGCUAAUUAUCAUGGUGUAACGACAAACCAGGCGCAUAAUUUAAAUGCUUCUCAGUUCCAGGCUGCCAUGCAGCCACCAGCCGACAAAGGAACCAUAGAGCCACAAAGCCAAGCACCACAGCCGCAGUCUGUGCUCUCUGGGGCUGGUCAGGGUACAGCAGAUGGGGAUGUCGAUCAGGAGCAGAGAUACCAGAAAACACUACAGUUUGCAGCAAACCUUCUUCUCCAGAUUCAGCAGAACCAGCAGCAGCAACAGUCUUCAGGUCCACCGGCUGGACAGGGUCCUUGAGACUAGCUACACGCGCCAUCAUAAUCUUUAAGAUUUGAGCCAAAAGCCCGAUUAGCACACUAAAUCUUGCCUGGCGAAGAGGGAGGCUUUGUAAGAUGACGCAAGUGUCCGUACCAGACUGCGUCCUACUGAUGCGACUAAUCUUCGGUUGUGACAUUUAGAAGAAAAGGCUGUAUAAAGUGAAUGUGGUUUUGGAUUUUUCUUUCUCUAUUUUCCUAAUUAGUUCUAUUUUUGUUUAACAAAACAAGCAUGACGUCAAAAUUGUUAAUGAUACUUCUGUUGAGAAACCAAAGUUUUUUUUUUUAAGUAUUUCUCAAGUCACUUGCGAAUCCACUUUUUCGUCUACCCGUUUAUGUGUAACUGAAAGCUUACAACAAACGAAACACUAACUAAUGCUUAUUUACAUUCUCUGUUAAAAGGCUUAAAACAAGUAUGGUUUUGUUGAGUCUAUUAAUCAAAAUUUGAGGUUGAUUGUCUUCUCACCUUUAAGACUCAUGAAAUCACCAGAAAUCACUACAAGAACAUUCACCGUCUUGAAAAUGAUGAAACCUGUUUGAAUCUCUUAGGAUUAUCUGUCUCCCUUCGAUCUUUGAUAUAUACUUGAAGGCAGAGUGGCAAUCGCCGCAGACUCUGAGGUUCUUCAUUAUUCUGAUGGGCAGUGUAGAGCUCCUCUGUGCCGUGAGAACAAAAGCUACAGCGAGCUUCUCGCUGUGAUAGCUCAGAAUCUCUUCCUUGUUUUCUUGUUCUAGAUCAUACAAGGCGAAUCCCGUCUGUGGCACAUAACCUGCGUCUCUCAUCUUUCUGUUGAGCUCCUUAAGCUUCUUGUAGAUCAAAUCAGCGUCUGGGUGUGACUUAUCCCCAGCAACAAACAUAUGAACUCCAUCUUUCAUGGUGACCCAACUAUAACCAGCUUCCUUCUUCACAUCUGCAUCUUUCAUCUUCUUUCUUGCCUUAACCAAAUCUUCCCAUCUUCCUCCAGCAGCAUACAUGUUACCAAGUAGCACAUAAUUUACAGCGUUUUCUGGCUCCAACUGAAAUAGCAUAUCUGCUGCUUUCCUCCCUAACUCUGCUUUUCGACCAUUUGCUCUGCAACAAGCCCCAAGUACGGUCCUCCAUAUAAGAACAUUAGGCCUCAUCGGCAUUUUCUCGAUGAAUUCUUCCAACUUUUCGAGUUCACCUGCACGGCCUAGCAAGUCAGCCAUACAUGAGAAGUGUUCAAUCCGUGGAGUUAAGCCAUAAGAAUCACUCAUCGAUUCGAAAUGUUCAAACCCUUCUUUAACCAAACCCGCGUGGCUACAAGCUGACAAGACCCCCACGAAUGUGACAUGGUCAGGUGGUGUUUGGCCAUCGAGCUUCAUGUUAGCAAAAAGCUUCAAAGCUUCUUCUCCUUGCCCAUGUCGUGCAUAGCCCGAAAUCAUCGAGUUCCAUGAAUAUGAGUUCUUCACAGGCAUUUCGUUAAAAAACCUUGAAGCAUAAUCUAGUCUUCCACAUUUGGAGUACAUGUCAACGAGUGCACUCCCAACUACCACAUCAGAUUCUAAACAAGCCCUCACCGAGCAAGCAUGCACUUCCAUGCCACGCUCUAGCGUUGCAACCGAAGCAAACGCGCUAAGAACCGUCGCAUACAUGAAAUUAUCCAAUCUCUGACCCUUCUGCAACAUAAAACAUACCAAGUCCAAGGCCUUGGGAAGGAGCUCGUUAUGUACAUAUCCCGAGAUCAUCGAGUUCCAAGUUACAUCAUCUCUUCUCUCUGACAUUCUAGAAAAUAUCUUCUCACACUCCUCCAUCUCCUCACACUUCCCAUAACAAGCUAUAAGCGCAUUCUCAAUGGUUGCUUCAUCCGUGAUAUCGUACUUUAAAGCUAGUGCGUGUAUCUGCUUGCCCAGUUCACCGAAUGAAAGGGAUGACACAGCUGAAAGAACGCUUGAAAAGGUUAUCCUGUUAAGCUUCUGUCCCGCUCGUAGGGCAUUCAAGAAACAUGUCACGGCUUCAGGUACUGACCCUUCUGAACUAGCUAAAGCUCCUAUCAUCGAAUUCCAAGAAACUUGAUCAUGCUCUGGCAUCAAGGAAAAUAAUUUACGGCAUUCGUUGAGAUAGCCGGUCUCUGCAUACAGCGUGAUUAGCGCAUUUGAAACCGAAACAUUCAAAUCAAUCCCCAAUUUUAGGCUUUCUCCAUGAAUCUGUUGCCCUACUUUUGCCCACUUCAAGCCCGCGCAUGAGCUUAGUGAACUAAUCAGUGUGAAACUUCCAGGCAAGAUUUCAUCUCGUCUCAUACUUUGGUAGAGUUCCAAAGCUUCUAUAAAACGGCCGUUUUGGUCAAGACCAGUGAUCAUGGAGUUCCAGGAAACAGAAUCCUUCUCCAUCAUGAAGCAGAAAACACGCCUUGCAUCAUCUAUUGAGCCGCACUUAGCAUACAUAUUAACAAGGCCAUUUCCAAUGCCCACCAUGAAGUCGAGUAAGCCAGUUGUAGUUACAUGUCCAUGAACCUCUCUGCCUUUUCUCAGACCUACUUCCUCAGCUAGAGAGUACUCAGGGAAUGAGCUCAGUAGAUUUACGUAUGACUCAGGACUAACAUCAAUCAUGCUCUUCAUAUCCAUAAAGAGCUUCGUUGCUUCUUCUCCUCGUUUCUGUCGCACCAGACCAACCAUCAGACCGUUUAAGGUCACCGCAUUUCUUGUUUCCAUCUGAUUAAAAACCUUCCUAGCAUAACUCAACGAGCCAGACUUUCCCAAUGCACUCACCAAUCCACUGCCAACAAAAAGAUCCGAGAGAAAACCAGAUUUCUGGAUAGUGCACAUGAUCUGCUUCAGCAAACUAGCAUCUGGUUGAGCCAAAGAACAAGCAGCAGUCACAAGACUACCAAAAGUGUACUCGGUUGGCCUAGAACGAUCACAUUGCAUGCUAGAGAACAUCUUAAACGCAGAUCUCAAAUUCCCACUCUGUGAAUAUACAGAUAUGAUUGAAUUCCAUGAAACAGAGUUUUUGACUUCAAUGUCAUCGAAAGCACGAAGCGCGCAACUAAGAGACCCUAUGCAUUUCCAGUACAUUGAUAUGAGGACAUUCGAAACUACCGGAUCCACUGAGUAGGAAAGUUUGAACAUUAGGCCAUGAAUUUGCCUCCCGAAAAGAUUCCCAACAGAGUCUAGCUCCUGACAAGCUCGAAGCGCACUAGCAAAAGCGUAUUGAUUUGAGAAAACCCAUUCUUUGACCAUAUUUCUCAAGAACAGUAAAGCUUCCAUAUGUUCUCCAUUCCGGCUAUACCGAAUCACCCGUUCCAAGAUAAGCAUUGAUGAGGUUGUUGCAAAAGUACACAUCUUCCUCAAGCCCAUUCUUAUACAAUCUUGAAUGAAUAAGUUUACCUCCUCUAUCCCCAACGCAGCUCUAAACAAUGUAGGAGAUGUUCAUCAAGUGUAACAUUAGCAGAUAUGAUGUGUGCUCCUGCUCCUUUCACAGUGAGAACAUCGUAUUCUGUCGACACUCUUGCCGCUUCAUUGCUGACACAUAUACUCCCAUUUACUACAAAACUCCUCGAAUUUGCGCAUAAAGUUCGAGAAUUUCGAAACAACUCGGCGGGAUAAGGAUACCCAAAUCGAGGAACAUAUUUAUGCAUGAUCACUCAUAGACCCAGAAGAACAAGUGAACCGGAAGUUGCUCUGCUCCGGUGUCUCGAGAAAUAAAAACAAAACGAAAAAUGUUUAAUAGUGA